AAACAGAUUGAUCAGACUUGGCAAUAUUGUACUCUCCUUUUUGAAUAAGCCGCGUUUGGUACAGUUUUACUCGUCUGUCUCUAGGCUGUAUGAUGCAUCGAAAGAUUGCGCUCGUCGCUGGUUUGUGGUUCUGUCUUUUGGGAUCUUCGUGUCACGGGUUUGGCCUGUUAGGGGGUGCUGCUCAUUCGCGAACAGUACGUUGGCCGCAGCAAUGGGCCGUGUCUUCGCCUAUAGGACCCCUGUUAGCACGCAGUAAAAAGUCUUCAAACGAUAGCAAUGAUGAUAACGAAUUGGAAAACGAACGGCCAACUAUGGACCCUGCUAAAAGAGCGGCACUUGAUGGUGUUCUGAAUCAAAUUGAACGCAACUAUGGGCGGGGCUCCAUCGUCAAACUCGGUGACGCGGACAACAUGAAAGUCGACACGAUCGGAUCGGGGUCAUUGACUCUCGACGCUGCCCUGGGAGGGGGUUUUCCGAAAGGACGAGUAGUGGAAAUCUACGGCCCGGAAAGUUCUGGUAAGACUACUCUGGCGUUACAUGCGAUUGCAGAAUCUCAAAAGGUUGGCGGAACGGCAGCCUUUGUCGACGCUGAGCACGCGUUGGAUCCCGCGUAUGCUGCGAAACUUGGGGUGGAUAUUGACAAUCUUCUCGUCAGUCAGCCAGAUUCCGGUGAAAUGGCCCUGGAUGUCGUCGAUCAGCUCGUGCGAUCCGCUGCCGUCGACGUGAUUGUGGUGGACUCAGUAGCGGCGCUUGUGCCGCGGGCCGAAUUGGAAGGCGAUAUGUCAGACGCUCAGAUUGGCCUCCAAGCCCGUCUAAUGUCGAAGGCAAUGCGUAAGAUCACGGGGAGCUUGGCACUUAGUCAAUGUACAGUAAUCUUCUUGAACCAGCUGCGUUCCAAGGUCGGCGUUAUCUACGGGAGUCCAGAAGUAACAUCUGGAGGAAAUGCUCUCAAGUUCUAUGCAAGCGUACGCCUCGAUACCCGGCGCAAGGAGAUUCUACCGGAGAAUUCUGGCAUUCGUGUCAAGGUCAAAGUCGUAAAAAACAAAGUUGCGGCGCCAUUUAAAAUUGUUAAUCUCGACCUUCUGUUUGGAUCGGGAAUCGACCAGAUCGGAUGUAUGCUAGACGCGGCUAUGGAUCUUAAUAUAAUUGAGCGACGGGGUAGCUGGUUUUCUUACAAGGGUCAGAAUAUGGCCCAAGGACGCAUCAACGUGGUCGAAAUGAUAAAGUCAGACACAAAAUUAAUGGCGCAGCUGGAAACUGAGGUGCGACUGGCGCUUUCGGAAAUGGGUAAGGACAUCAAGCCAACCGCAGACACGGAGUCAUUGGAAACGCUAGAAGACGUGAAUACGGUACUAGAAGUUGACGAGCAGAUAUUUUUGGAAUAGAAAAAAAGCUUUUGUAUGAAUCUCAUGGCGAUUAUUGCCGCAGCCAACAAACAAUGGCAACAUUAUUUAUACAAAGACUUUCAGUUAAUGCUACUCC